AUGACGAACAAUUUUGGGAUGGUUCCCGCUAAAUACGCAAAUACUACUGCAGCUGCUUUGUCUUUUGUCUCGUCCAUGUCUCUUCUUUUAGUGAACUUGGGGACGCCAAUUAUCAAGCAAAUUUAUGUUGUGACUGCUGAAGGAAGUGUCGCCGGUCUAAUACGCGAAAAAAUUAUAUUUGGAAUAUAUGGUGCUUGUCUACAAUCCGACACCAAAAAAUGCACGAAGAGUGGUCUUGAUGACGAUUUUUACAUUUCAAAUGGAAGCACAAAAUUUUUGUUGUCUAUGCAUGCUAUUGGCGUAAUAACAUCGUUCAUAUUGUUUUGCAUUGGCAUUUAUGCUCGUCAUGGUCAUAUUAAGCAUAAAGGAGUGACACGGGCCUUCGUAUUAUUCAGUUCUUUUGUCAUUUUGUUAGCAAUGGGAGGACAAAUUGACCUUUAUUUAAAAAUCGAUUAUGAUUAUAAUAUGUCACCUAGUAGUGGAACUACAAAAUUUGGCGUCAUUGGAUUUGCUCUUGUGAUUAUAUCUCUCGUAUUCUCAUUCUUAUCAAUUCCUGCAUUUUACAUUGGAGGACAAGACGCAACUGAAGGAAGUGUCAUCGAUUGUUCUAACAGUAACAGAAAUAUGAGCAUAGGAAUGGUCAAUCAGUCACCUGCCCCUCAAUAUCCUCCAUCUUAUUCGUAUACCGAUCGGCAAUUUGCUAUUUAA